CCUGCAGUUCACUGGAUAAACAACGCCUUUCCGCAUCUUCGGGCCUCAGAUUUCUCAUUGUGAGAUGGGGACAGCGAUAGUACCUAUCUCACAGGGUUGCUGGGAGGAGCAGAUGCGAUCAUGAAGUUCCUUUAUAAAAGGCGAAUUGUGUCUGAAUCCCGGUUGGAAUCACAUCUGUGUCCCUUGUUUACAGAGGAGGUAAACCGAGGCCCAGCUGGGAAGGAGAAUUGCCAAGGCCCUCCCUACGAACUAGUGGUUAAUAUUUUGGAGAUAACGCGGAUCCUGGGCCCGCCAUCUGCCCUAGCUCACGCCCGGCCUCGGACCUGACCCCCUUCCUCCUCCCGUUUCCGUCCCUCGCGAGGCGGCGUGCGCUCAGGACGAGCAGCGGUGGCAGUGCGCGCUGCGGGACUUCGCUGCAACUCUUCAAGGGUGCGACCCCCGAGCGCGCGUGCCGCGCCACCAUGAGGGCGCGGCCGCGGGUCUGCGAGGCGCUCCUCUUCGCCCUGGCGCUCCAGACCGGCGUAUGCUACGGCAUCAAGUGGCUGGCACUGUCCAAGACCCCGGCAGCCCUGGCGUUGAACCAGACGCAGCACUGCAAGCAGCUGGAGGGGCUGGUGUCUGCACAGGUGCAGCUCUGCCGUAGCAACCUGGAGCUCAUGCACACCGUUGUGCACGCCGCCCGCGAGGUCAUGAAGGCCUGCCGCAGGGCAUUCGCCGACAUGCGCUGGAACUGCUCCUCCAUCGAGCUUGCCCCCAACUACCUGCUUGACCUGGAGAGAGGGACGCGGGAGUCAGCCUUCGUGUAUGCGCUGUCGGCGGCCGCCAUCAGCCACGCCAUCGCCCGGGCCUGCACCUCCGGCGACCUGCCCGGCUGCUCCUGCGGCCCCGUCCCAGGUGAGCCACCCGGGCCCGGGAACCGCUGGGGAGGAUGUGCGGACAACCUCAGCUACGGGCUCCUCAUGGGGGCCAAGUUUUCCGAUGCUCCUAUGAAGGUGAAAAAAACAGGAUCCCAAGCCAAUAAACUGAUGCGUCUACACAACAGUGAAGUGGGGAGACAGGCUCUGCGUGCCUCUCUGGAAAUGAAGUGUAAGUGCCACGGGGUGUCUGGCUCCUGCUCUAUCCGCACCUGCUGGAAGGGGCUGCAGGAGCUCCGGGAUGUGGCCGCUGACCUCAAGACCCGCUACCUGUCGGCCACCAAGGUCGUGCACCGACCCAUGGGCACCCGCAAGCACCUGGUGCCCAAGGACCUGGAUAUCAGGCCUGUGAAGGACUCAGAGCUUGUCUAUCUGCAGAGCUCACCCGACUUCUGCAUGAAGAACGAGAAGGUGGGCUCCCAUGGAACGCAAGACAGGAACAGUCCUGCCGUCAAAUACAAUCGGGAAAUUCUCUCUGGCGAUCUGCAAAGCACGAGGACAUUUGAAAGGCUUGGAGGAAUCCCACGGCAGUGCAAUAAGACAUCCCACGGCAGUGACAGCUGUGACCUCAUGUGCUGCGGCCGCGGCUACAACCCUUACACGGACCGCGUCGUCGAGCGCUGCCACUGCAAGUACCACUGGUGCUGCUACGUCACAUGCCGCCGCUGCGAGCGCACGGUGGAGCGCUACGUCUGCAAGUAAAGCCCCGCCCGCGCCCCGGGACCCUCGGAGCCCACCCCCACCCCCACUCACCAGGCGUCUUGGACACACCCUGCGGAGGGCCGUUUGGGGAUCCGGGAUGCCAGGCAUGGGAGGUGGCUUGGGCUUUGCCUCCACUUGGACAGCGCCGGGGACAGAAGGCCUGGCCACCCUGGAAGGAGGGCCGGCACAUCAAAGGAAACCGACUAGAUUAAAAAUAACCGGCAGCCGGAGCUGGGAGCGCCUGCGCGCCGCACUUCGAGAAGCCAGGGCCAUGGGCUUGGCAGGACUGGGAAGGACUUGACCUUUCACAGCAAGAGACACCAAGCUGCUGGGAAGGGUGCGGUGGGGUGGGGUGUGCCUGUCCUCUUCAGAAUGUUCUGCAGACCCUGCCCUUGAGAACCCCCCACUGGCUGCCCUCAGGGUCUGAGCCUGCUGGGCCCACCACACGGAACCACUAGCUUGGGUUGUCAAUGUUUUGUUUUGUUUUGUUUUG